AUGACAGACUCUCCAACCUGGAGUCCUUUGCUUUACCGACCUCUGGGUGACGAUGAAAUUCGGGUUUUAUGUCUCGAGCCAAGUUCCCGGUCAGAUCCUGACGAGUUUGAUAUGAUAUCAUGCCAAAUGCGUCCGGUUAAACUCGAAGAAUUAGGUGUAUAUCAUGAAUUUGUCGACAGUGAAAAGGCAUCCGAGCGGGAGUGGAGAGGUCUUCAUCAAAAGCCAUACGAUUAUACGACGUUGUUUAAACCUAGAAGGGGACUUUUUGACCGCCCUUUGAAAGCAUAUAUCAAAUCCGACGAAGCUAUUGCGCCUAGUGAAAGUUCAUCCCAUCUCACAGAUAGAUAUGUCGCACUAUCAUAUGUCUGGGGAUCUCCCGCGGACAAAAAGACAAUAUUAGUCAAUGGGAUUGAGAUUCAAGUUACCCAGAAUCUUCAUACUGCGAUGAUCGAAUUGCGAAAGUCGAAUUGGGUUAGAAGGCGUGUUAACUUGUGGAUUGAUGCGUUGUGUAUCAAUCAAGAUGAUCUAGAUGAACGCGAGCAUCAAGUAAAGCUCAUGCGAGAUAUUUAUGCUAUGGCAUGGCAAGUGGUAGUCUCUCUUGGUUCAAGGACUUCAAAUACGACCAUGGCAUAUACUGCAUUACAAUGGCUCGCCCAUGAGAUAGGGUCGGAUGGAAAGCUGAGAGAAUUCGCAGUCAAAUAUGGAAACUUGCAUCAUAAUACCGCCAACGCGGUGGAGUCAGCCCCUUACACUUUGCCAUGGCAUGACUUUGCGUAUGAAUCCCUCCGUUCAUUUUUUGCAUGCCAAUAUUGGCAUCGUCUUUGGAUUUUGCAAGAGUUGGCCAUGGCUCGGAUGGAUGCGCCUGUUAUCUGGGGAAAUCAUUCUAUGUGUCUACGCGAUAUAUGGAAAGCUUGUCAGAUGAUAGAAAGGCAAGAAGAUACUGUUUUACGGUAUAUCACGACACAUACAAAUGAUGCUGAUCGGCAUACGACCGUAGCUACAAUAGAUCGACGGAUAGAAGAUCGCGAGGGAACUCCUGGACAACAGUGGAAACAUCUUAUCCGUAUUCAAAACAUGCGUGAGUUGAAUCAGGGGGGUGUUAGUACCGCUCUGCCGGCUCUUGAAUUGGCAAGACAAGCGCAAGCUACCGAUGCACGGGACAAGGUCUAUGGGAUUCUUGCUAUACCUUGCGUGAAAGGAUUGGCGAACGUGUCGCCCAAUUACCGAAUCGAGCUCCCCGAGAUAUUUACCAAUUUCACACGGGAAAUAAUCUCGAAUAACGAACACGGUUUGGACAUUCUCAGAUUGGUUCAUUCUCCUGUUGAUAAAAUUAUGCUAUCAUCAAUACUUGCAAGUGAUCCUCGUUGGAUGCGUAAAAUGAUAGGAGGUCGUUUCGUGGAGGUUGCAACACCUUGCAUACAUAAGUUACCCUCUUGGGUAGUUUGUUGGUCAUGCACAGCCGCACCGGUCAUAUUUCUCCCUGGCAUUUACAAAGCAGAUCGUGGCUUCACACACCCUUCACCUCCAGUAUUUCUUCGUGGUAACAUUAUUUUACUUCAUGCCGUUUUCAUCGACUCCAUAGCUACCCUUUCAGCAUUUAACGCCCACGAGAACGAUGAAGCAUUCCCGAAGAACCACAUCAGUGCAAUCUCCAUCCAAAAUGCAUAUGGCACCAUUAAUGGCCUUAAAGAAGCAUUCUGGAGAACUAUUGUGGCGGAUACCACGCCUAACGGCGAGAAACCUCCUCCUUCAUGGGCGGUCCUUCGUUUGCCGAAACUAUGGACGGUAUUUGGUACAACAGAAGGCGGCGGUUCAGGUCUCGAUUUCAGUCUGCAUGGCUUCGCGCAACGCAAUAAGGAACUGGCCAUUUGUGGAACACGUCUCAAAGAUCUUCUAGCCGAUGCAAAAACCAUCAAGGAACGAAAGUUAUUUAGGGAUGAGGAAAGAAGCACAAGUAAUGAUGACUUGCGGGAUUCUUCGACGUGGGCUGCCAAUGUCCUUGCGUGGCGGAGAUUAGUUGGAACUCAAAAUGGUAGGGUUGGCCUUACGGUCGCAGCUGCUAUGAUAGGUGAUUCAAUUGUGGUUCUACCUGGAUGUAGUGUUCCUCUAGUUUUGAGAAGGGAUGGAACAGGUUGGAAACUGAUAGGGGAGUGCUUUGUUUAUGGGUUAAUGAAUGGAGAGACAGCAGACUUGGUGGGAAGCGGAAUGGUACCAAUUGAAGAGAUAGAACUUCAUUGA